AUGGCCAAGGAGUACUCGGAGGGUGGUGGUCUGGUGGGGCUGAUGCCGUUCGUGGCCAAGACGUACAGCAUGGUGGAGGACCCGGCGACUGACGACGUGAUCGCAUGGGGAAGAGGCGGCAACAGCUUCAUCGUGGCCGACCUCUUGGUCUUCUCGGGCACGCUGCUUCCCGCGCACUUCAAGCACUGCAAAUUCUCUAACUUCGUUCGGCAGCUCAAUACCUACGGAUUCCAGAAGGUGGAUCCGAAUAGAUGGGAGUACGCCCAUGUGUUGUUCCUUCGGGGGCAUGCGCACCUCCUGCACCAGAUUGUCCGGCUCACCAACAACAACAGCAAGCGCAAGCCCAAGGACGACGACGACCACAACAACACGAUGGUGGCCACUGAGGUGAUCCUGCUAAAGCAGGAGCAGAAGGCCAUCAAGGACCGCUUGGCGGCGAUGUCGCGCCAGGUGCGGGAGACGGAGCGCCGGCGGAAGCAGAUGCUCGACGUCCUCCUGAAGGUCGUUCGAGACCCCGAGGUGCUGCGCCCUCUCCUAGGCAACAACGAGAGCGAGGAGAAAGGCGCGGAGGUCAAGAGGCUGCGACUGCAGCUUCUGGACAGGGAAGGCCAGGUGGGCAGCACCAACAGCAUGUCCGUCGACGGGCCGCUCUACGACACCACCCAGGACGAAGUCUUUGUGCCGGAAACCGGCAUCGACUUCACUGGCUUCUACACUGGAGGCGGCUUCGUGGCGGACGGCAGCGGCGAGGACCCGUCGUACGCGUUCCCCAUGGACAACGACUACUAA